AUGACUCUCGAAGCCCUUCUCGAUCGCCAGCAUGAACUUUUCGGCCUCAUCGCUCGCGCUUGCAAGAACCUACAAAAGCUCGGUCCUUCGAAGACCACCCGUGGUGCGGUGCAAAGUCGUCUAACAAUUUUAAAGGCAAAUUGGGAAAAAUUCCAGGCUCAACACGAAAAUCUAUACAAGCUGAAAUCGUCAGAAUUAAAGAAGCUGGACUACAUUGUCGAUAAAAUCUACGAGCAAUGCGAAGAGAAAUUUGCCGAAGCGCAAGGCACUAUGCUCACUAUCCUCGACAGUUUUGCACCACCUCAACAGAAUACAUCAGCCGAAAUUUCUAUGAACUCAUCGUCCGCAUCACAUUCUCGACGUUUGCCUCGCAUCGAUUUACCAAAAUUCAACGGCGAAUAUUCACAGUGGAAUCAUUUCCGAGAUCUCUUUGCUUCUAUGAUCAACGCGAAUACCGAUCUCUCUGCAGUCGAAAAGCUUCAUUAUUUAAAGAUGAGCCUAUCGGAUGAACCGGCUACUCUCUUGAAAGGCGUUGAGAUAUCAAGUGAAGGAUUCAAUCGCGCAUGGGAUACUCUUAUUGACCGUUACGACAACAAGCGUAUCCUGAUAGAGGCUCAGCUCUCCGCUCUGUUUUCGAUUCGCAAGGCGAAAUCCGAAUGUGCAUCGAAAGUGAAACGCCUUCUCUGCGAAUUGAAGGAAGCAAUCGGAGCCCUCGCUACAUUGGGCUGCCCGGUUCAUCACUGGGACAUCAUUCUCAUCUUUAUGACAGUGCGCAAACUAGAUGUCGAAUCUGUUAAGGAUUGGGAAAAAUCACUCGGAGCCACCUCGCAACCACCAUCGUUCGCCGACUUCGAGAAAUUUCUUCUCGGUCGUAUUCUCACUCUCGAAGCCUUCGAACGAACAACGAAUUCUCGGAAACAAAACGCAAGUGCACCUCGAUCUCCAGCUCACGCUCGGGCAUAUACCGCUACUGUGACUGAUCAAAAGUGUGCGUUGUGUUCAUCGGGACAUUACAUUGCCUCGUGUCCAAAGUAUCUCGAAAAGACACCCAUGCAGCGAAAGGAAGUAAUAAUUUCGAAAAAUCUCUGCUUUAAUUGUCUCGGGCCUCAUCAGAUAAAAUCAUGCCGCUCAACAAAACGCUGUCGUCUCUGCCACAAGCAACAUCACUCCACGUUACAUUAUCAAGCCGGUAACGCAGCGAUCGGUGCAUCAGCUGCACACUCAGACUCGUCGACGCCUGUCGUCAAGGCAAUCACAUCGUCUCCGCCGGCAAUUCAUACUGCAGGAUCGGAAGUCUCGUUUGUCUCGGAAUCGGUCGCCCAAUUAUUAAAACUCUCGCGUCAAGCGGCGGCUAUUCCGAUUCUCGGCAUCGGAGCUCAUCGCUCAAGCAUAUCAAACGGACUCGUCUGUCUCAAAGUGAUAUCUCAAGUGCAUAAAGACAGUUCUCUCGAAGUCGAUGCUCUCGUACUGCCGAAAUUAACGUCCUAUCUGCCUCCCGCGCGUGUCGAAUAUACUCAGUGGCCGCACAUACAAGGUCUUGAGCUCGCGGAUCCAAACUUCGCCACGCCCGAAAAAAUCGAUCUCAUACUAAGUGUAACGGUGCACGCUCAAAUACUCAAAGACGGUAUUCGUCGAGGAAAUAUCGGCGAACCCAUCGCUCAAGAAACGACUCUCGGAUGGGUGCUAUCAGGGCCCCUCUCAAAUGAUAAUCAGAAGACCAACGCCAUGGAAAACAACUCAGUCAUCGGUCUUCAGUGCUCUCUCGACUCUGAGCUCCUGGAGCUCCUUCAACGCUUCUGGACACAAGAAGAAAUCGCGCCUGCCUCUCAAAUCUCAAUGUCUCCAGAAGAAUCUCAGUGCGAAGAACAUUUCAACAUGACUCAUUCUCGCGACGUCAACGGACGAUUUGUUGUACGCUUGCCUCUCAAGACGAGUGUUAGUGAAUUUGGUGACUCUCGCUCUAUCGCACUCAAGGCGUUGUAUCGCAUGGAAAAACGAUUCGAAACGAAUCCAUCGCUCAAAAUCCAGUAUAUCGACUUUUUACGUGAGUAUCGUUCUCUCGAUCACAUGCGUCCCGUCGCAUCAAACCGCGCCCAAUCUCGCGAGUUUUUUCUACCGCAUCACGGUGUUACGCGUGAAACUAGCACGACAACAAAACUGCGCGUCGUGUUUAACGGAUCGCAAAAAACAAAUCUCGGCUUGUCGUUAAAUGAGUAUCUCCUUGUCGGGCCGAAACUACAAACGGAUCUCGCGGACAUCCUCAUCCGUUGGCGACGGCAUCGAUACGUGUUCGCGGCCGAUAUCGAGAAAAUGUAUCGGCAGAUUCGCGUGCACGAGGAUGAUUGGCCGUUACAGAAAAUUCUUUGGCGGGACUCUCUCGACGAAAGGCCUCAAGAAUAUGCAUUGUGUACCGUAACGUACGGCCUCGCGUGUGCUCCAUAUCUCGCGCUACGCUGUUUACGGCAACUCGCUCUCGAUUACGAUUCGAUUCGCCCUCACGCUUCCGAAACUCUUCGUCGCGACACAUACGUCGAUGAUAUUCUCUUCGGCGACGAAAGCAUCUCUCAGGCAAGAGAAAAAAUCUCGCAACUAAGAACCACUCUCACGGCGGGCGGCUUUACGCUCCGAAAAUGGAUCGCUAACGACUCAAAUCUGCUCGACGAUAUCCCUGCCUGCGAUCGCGAAACAUCUCCUACGCUCUAG